UGUGGUUCUGUGAGUAUAAAUACCACAGAAGAUUUCCUCUUCCUUGCUUGCUGUGUGUGUCCAGUCCUGUUGUUGAGUUGCCAAGGUACCAACAUGUCCUUCGUCAGUGCUUUUCUCGAGCAGCUUGCAUAUCAGGGCAUGCAAGAUGUGCAAGAUAACACAGAGGGACAGGGGACAGUGAGGCCCUUUGCUCAAUUCAAUGCAGCUGCAGAUGCAUCCGUCCUAGAAAAAGCUAUCAAGGCAAAAGGUGUGGAUGAGGCCACAAUCAUUGAAGUGCUGGUCCGCAGGAGUAAUGCCCAGCGCCAGCAAAUUAAGACUGCCUACCAGCAAGCCACUGGCAAGCCUCUGGAUGCAGCCCUGAAAGCUGCCCUUAACGGUGAACUGGAAGAUGUCGUUCUGGGCCUAAUGAUGCCUCCAGCUCAAUAUGGUGCCUUUCAGCUCAAACAAGCCAUGAAGGGUUUAGGAACAGAUGAGGACCUACUUAUCGAGAUUUUGGCUUCCAGGACUAAUAAAGAGAUCAGGGAUAUGAAAGAGGCUUACAAACAAGAUUAUAAAAAGGAUCUAGAGGCGGACAUCAAAUCUGAGACAAGUGGAGACUUCAGGAAUGCCCUUCUUUCUCUCUGCAAGGCUGCCAGGAGUGAAGAUCAAGUUGCGCAAGAUGACAUGGCUGACAAAGAUGCCAGGGCCUUGUAUGAGGCAGGAGAGAAAAGAAAAGGCACAGACAGCUCUGUGUUUAUCGACAUCCUCACUACAAGGAGUGCUCCUCAGCUGAGGAAAAUUUUCCAGCAGUACUCUAAGUACAGUAAGGUGGAUGUCGCAAAAGCCAUUGAUCUGGAGAUGAAAGGUGACGUUGAGAAGUGCUUGAUUGCUGUUGUGAAAUGUGCUGGAAGCAAACCUGCAUUCUUUGCUGAAAAACUAAAUCUAGCAAUGAAGGGCUCUGGGUACAAAGGUAAGAUCUUGACCAGAAUAUUGGUGAGCCGAUCUGAGGUAGACCUGGACAAAAUCAAGCAAGAGUAUCAGAAGAAGUUCAACAAGAGCCUCUACCAGGACAUCCUGGAUGACACAAAAGGAGAUUACGAGAAGAUCCUGCUAGCCUUGUGUGGCAAUUAAUUCAUUAUUGCCAGUAAUAAGUUGAACACACGAAAAAAAAAUGUAUACAUACCGAAGUUUAAUUAACUUUAAAUAUAGAAAGUUAAAGUCGAAUGUUAUAGCUUGCUUACUGAUUAUGCAAGUGUGCUGAUUUGUUUGGUUUCUGAGAUGUUCUGUGUCCCUAGACAGAGUAUACAUGAAUAUUCAUAAUUUUCACGAACAUGCAUGUGAAACUGAAAAUGUUAGUCCACCAGAUCUCAAACAUAAUCACGUCCAAUGGAUUAUUUUAAAAAGGCAAUUAAUUCCAUCGUUGAACAAAGUUAAGCCUAAACUACAAUUGGUUCCAUAUUUGCAACAGUUCAUAGUUUGUAAUAUGCAUUUUUGUAUUAUUUUGUGCAGUCUUGCCUGAAUGAAUAAUACAGCAGAGCAAACUUCAACAAUUCUACAGCUAUUUCAGUUAUUUCGUUGUGGUCUUCUUUUGUAUAAUGUGAGACUUUAAAACUGUUCUGUGACCACAGCUCUGCUGACAACAAUUGAAAUGAACCUGAACAAAUGUAUUGGCGGCCAAAUAAAAUUUUUGUAACCUA